UCGCGGGUCUCUUGCUCGUCCACCCUGGAAGCAAAUGUAUAAUCCGCGCCAGCGGCGCGAGAGAGAAGCAGCCCCUCGAAGCCUUCUGGUGCACCCGAGGACAUUUUUCAUCGAAAAGCACAAGGCACAGAAGAAGUAGCCUCUAUCUGAUGAAUUGUUGCAGACGACAGCAAUGGAAUUCUCGAGAUCGAGUUCGUUAUCAAUCGGAGAGAAGAUCUGCGCGGCGUUUAUACCGUUUGUAGCUAUGGUAGAGGCGCUGGUUUUCGCCGUGAGCGGUUGCUGCAGCCACCGUUCCUGCCGCCCAAUCAACCGCGGUUUCGCUUGCGGCUAUAUGUCUCACCUCGCCGAUGAAACCAGAUUUACUGUUAAUGAGCUGGAGGCGUUGUAUGAGCUUUUUAAGAAGCUGAGCAGCUCGAUUAUCGACGACGGAUCGAUUCACAAGGAGGAGCUUCAAUUAGCACUAUUUCAAACUCCCCAAGGCGAAAAUCUGUUCCUUGACCGGGUUUUUGAUCUAUUUGAUGAAAAGAAAAAUGGUGUCAUUGAAUUUGAUGAGUUUGUUCAUGCACUCAAUAUCUUCCAUCCUUACGCCCCUAUUGAUGACAAAAUCGAUUUUGCAUUUCGGCUGUAUGAUCUGAGACAAACCGGAUUCAUUGAGCGAGAAGAGGUUAAGCAAAUGGUGAUUGCCAUAUUGAUGGAAUCCGACGUGAAAUUGCCGGAUGAUAUUCUUGAGGAAAUCAUUGAGAAGACAUUUGCCGACGCUGAUGCUGACAAAGAUGGGAAAAUUAACAAAGAAGAAUGGAAGGUUUUCGUGCUUCGGCAUCCAUCGCUUCUAAAAAACAUGACUCUUCCUUAUUUGAAGGACAUCACGACAGUAUUUCCGAGUUAUAUUUUUCACACCGAAGUUGAAGACUGAGCAUUUGAAAGCCUUUUCCUACAGAGGAUCUUUAGAAGAAGAGCAUAAUUCCAAAGCUCCUGCGUAUUGCGGAGAUACUUCCAUCAAUUCAAAGGGGGAAACAUCCGAGUUUUAGGCAAGGCCGGGAUGGCUGCACCGCAAGAUUAUGCGUUUGGUUUAAACUUCAAACCGCAACAAGAAAUCUUCAUCGAUUCAAAGCCUUUGUAUUUUGUACAGUGAGGUCAUUUUUGUAGUGAUAUUUAUAAAUAUAAAUAUGUAGUGCUUCUUGUUAAUACAUUUUUGUAGUGAGAGAGAAGUCAUUUUUGUGGUGAAUUUGGAUGUAGAUGCAAACAUAUUUGCCAAAAAAAACAAGAGCUCUGUAGUAAAAGUUAAGCUUCAAGUAACAUUUAAAGGAGCUGGCCCUUA